UUCAAUGAAAUCGAAAUGCUGUUUUGCAUGACAAAAUAUUUAGUGUUUCUUACAGAACUGAAGUCAAAAGGCAAACAAAACUGCUGACGCAGAAUCGGUUGGAGAGAUUUCUUAUUUCAUUUUUUGCAUUUGGUGAAAUGCGUGUUUUUUAUGCUAACUAAUUAAUAAAUAUCAACGCAAAAAAUGAAUUUUUACUUUUUAAUUAUAGUGUUUUUAUACGCUGGAGGAAGCAACGCUCGCGUUGUACCACUUACUUUUAAACAAGACAAAUCUAAACAUGUGGAUUCAAGCAUUCUCGGAAAUGAAGUAAUCGAUGAAUCCCCUCUGCAUGAAGUAGAAAUUUUAGGUCAUAGUCUACCUGAUGUUAAACAAAGCAAUGACUUGGACCUUUCCAGUUCUGAAGAGGAAGACACAACAGUUUCAGAAAUUUCAAGUAUAAAGGCAAGCAGUCUACCUGUUGAUUUAGCAACUAAGGAAAAGGAUGUGACAGAUGAAUCGAAACCUGAAAGUGCCGCGUCUUUGGAGAUACCCGAUGUUUUUGAUGAAGAAUUCAAAUCGGUCUCGGAGUUCAUAAGUAAAAAUCAUCUUGAUUCCACAGAUUUUUUCGAAGCUCUUCAAAAUAAUAGAAGUUUGAAUGAUAACAAAACUGAAGAUUUGACUUUCAAAAAUGAAACUGCCAUCACAAAUAUUUCUUUUUCACUCGAUUUGGAACAAGAAAACAACAAGGAUGUUGUGAGAACUGAAGAGAAAGUUCUGAAUAAUACCCUCGGCCAGAGUGAAACUUUUGCAGUUUCUGGUGAUCAGAAUAAAACCGUUGCAGCUUUUGAAAUUAGUAACGGUGAUCAGAAUGAAACUGUUACAGCUUUUGAAAUUAGUAACGGUGAUCAGAAUGAAACUUUUGCAGCCUCUGAAAAUAGUAAUGGUGAUCAGGAUAAAACUUCUGCAGUCUCUGAGGUUACUAAUAGUGAUCAGAAUGAAACGUUUGCAAUUUUUAAGAUUGUAAACGGCACCAAUAGUAGUGAUAAUUUUCCUGAAUUGCAGCCUUUGUUAAAUGACACAAAGUUAGAGGAGAUGUUUCUAAGCGAAACAGAAAAUAUUACCGAUGAAUUGAAGAAUUUCACAUCGGAAAAUUUGGAACUAAUAAAUGAUUCGGCAAAAAUUGCUGGAGGAAUUCUCUCUGGUUUCGACUUUUUAAUCAAUUCAGAGGUUGCUAGAAAUGCAGCUAAAGCUAUGGAGGUAUUUAAUUUCUCAGAUCCUUUAACUGAUCAUAUAAUAGAAGAAAACGAAUUCCAUAGCUUCCUUCCUGCAUUUAAUGCCGGACAUGAGUUAGAUUCUUCAAACCAAAGAAAUUUAGAAACCGCAAUAAUCCUUACCAACAGCUCUGGAAAAUCAAAUGAAACCCGAACUGAUUUCAACACAUCUUUGCCAUCUGGGGAUGAAGAUUCAAUAAUGAUUGAUGAAGUAGAGUCCGAGGAAAUUAAAAAGGGAUCUUCCGUACCAUUCACUGUGAAUGAACUGGGGGGAAGAAAUAAAACAGGAUUAACACAUUUGACAGAAAAAUUCGAAGGAAAUGUAUCAUCAGAAGGGGCUGCUUCGUUGGAAAUGUCUGAAGAUAUGAUUCAACUAGCACCAGAAGCCAAGCCUACGAAACAGAAGAUUAAUGUUUCAGUUUCUGUAUCAAGUACUGUUGAUACUGGUGGCUCUCCAGAGUGUCCACCACCAGGCUGGUGUAUAUUUUGGUUUUUGUCUCAAGAUACAUGUGCAGUAAAUGAACACUGUCUCGGAAGUCGAAUUUGUUGCAAAAUCCGAUGCUCCAAAACUUGCAUUGAAAUAGAAUCGCUGUAAUUUUUAUAUUUUGGAAAUCGAGAAUUUUUAAGAUUUCAUUUUUAAAAAGUUUAUUUAAGGUUGACAAUCAACUG